CUUCAGUUUAUGUGCAUUUUUGGAGCAGGAUUCGCGACAGUGUGAUACGUUUACGGCCUCGCGUGUUAAAUGCAGAAACAGAGGUAAACAACUACACUUGGCGUGACUUUCUGCACCGAAAGAGGAAACAUCGCCGAGCGUGUUUAUCUGCUCUUCCUAAACAGUCGCGACGAUGCUUCUCCAAAGUCGAGCUGUGUUUGCCCUUGGUCUUCGCAUGUGCUCCAGUCAUGUGAUAAAAGGACCUUUGAUGGACACAGCAAGACCCAGCUCAGACAUGUCUGAAUUCCGGAAGACCUUUUCCAAAGCCAAGCACAUAGUCAUCAUCACAGGCGCAGGUGUGAGUGCAGAGAGUGGAGUACCAACCUUCAGGGGAGAAAAUGAGAAGUGGAGGAAGUGGCAGUCUCAAGACCUGGCUACUCCAGAGGCCUUCUCUCGCACCCCAUCUCGGGUCUGGGAGUUCUACCAUUACAGAAGGGAGCUGCUGUUGAACAAGAAGCCCAGCGCUGCCCACCUGGCCAUAGCGGAGUGUGAGGCCCGGCUGAAGAAACAGGGACGCUCCGUGGUCAUCAUCACCCAGUGCACGGACGACCUUCACCGACAGGCCGGGUCCAAACACAUCCUCAGGAUUCACGGCAGUCUGAUGGAGACGCGCUGUGUGAGUUGUGGACAUGUGACCGUGAACAAGCGCAGCCCCAUAUGUGCUGCCCUAAAGGGCAAAGGUGCUCCUGGCCCAGAUGUUGCUGAUGCCCAGAUUCCAGUGGAUAAACUGCCAAGGUGUGACGAAAGUGACUGCCACGGUCUGCUGAGGCCCAACGUGGUGUUUUUUGGAGAAACUCUGGACUCUCAUAUCCUGACCAAAGUGGAGAAAGAGAUGGAAAUCUGUGAUCUCUGUCUGGUGGUGGGCGCAUCUUCAAUUGUUUACCCAGCAGCCAUGUUUGGUCCGCGGGUUGCAUCCCGAGGCGUACCAGUGGCAGAGUUCAACACAACAGCAACACCGAAAACGGAAUACUUCACGUACCAUUUCCAGGGUCCAUGUGGAACUACACUGCCUCCAGCUUUGGCACAACAUGAGUCAGAGGUUAUUUACUGACUUUACAGACAGCAGUCGGUGGCUUCUGCUCUUGUCUAAUGCAGUCCAAAUCUGUAGGGUUUCACAGGAUUUUUCCAAAGCUUUGCCUUACAAACAGUUUAGCUGUUAUUGCCUGAGAUGGUGAGCUUUGCAAAUAAUUUAGCAUUUUAAGAGUUUUGAGAUGGACCUUUUAAUACUUGAAUACAUAGCUCACUAAACUGGAAAUGGGACUUUGAAUGUUUUACAUAUUUGCUGCUUAGAGCUUAGCAGGAACUAUGCAGCUUGAUAUAAGAAAGGGAAUGCACGACGUGUGUAGUUCUGCACAUAGGAAAACAUUUCCUCAGGUAGCGGGGGAUGCUGUUAUUCCUUAUACUGUUUAGGGACUGUUAUAUUUUAAAUAGUACUGUGCCCUAAAACAAUGCUGUAGAAGAGAACAGCAUAUUACUCCUGGUGCCAAUGCAGAGUAUUCCUCUUUUCUGUUUCCACCAAAUGAACAGAUGUAGAGACGGUAACAUAAUCUUGUGCCUUUCGAAACUGUUUACACAACCUUGACCAAAUGCUCGCAUUAAACCUCGAGUGAAAGUCAGCCAUUGUUACAGAGAUUUAGCCGAGUUUGUUUGUGACCUAGAGAGGUUGCAGAGAGGGAAACCGUCUUUCCAGUCCUAGCCUGAAUCAGCAUUAUUUCAGUCUCAUGUUGUUUGACUGUGUUUAGUAUAAGUAUAGUUGCAUAUUCUGGAUUAUUCAUGAUACAUUUACAUUUUACAUAUUUUACAUUUACACAUUUUCAGUGUCUCUUUUCAAAACAUGUGUUUAUGUGUUUGAUCAAUGUAGAUGGAAAUUGUUUAAAAAUGAAAGCAAUCAUAUAAUAUUUAAUAACAUAAUCUGUUAAACGGCUUUUUGCCCAUAAAACGCACAACUUCUUGUCAUGUAUUCUAUUGAAACUGCCAGUGCAAUGAUACAGAAUAUAAUCAAUAAAACACUAGAAAUAA